AUGAAGGUUGCUGUUCUAACGUUUCUGAUCACUGCCAUCACGGCUGCUAAACUGCCCGGCUAUCGAUUUGUUGGUAGAGUCAAUCCUGCGACAAAGCAGCUCACAUGGCCCAGUACUGGAGUGGCCUUCACCUUCAUGGGAACUGAAGCGACCAUCAACAUCAACAGUAUCUCCGGAACAUCAAGCGCAGACUUGAUCAUCAAUGGGAAAGACCCAAUUGUCAUUGCCAAUGUGAACGGCACUUCGAUAUCGGUCCCCAAGUUACCAAAGGGGACUCAUACUGUCGAGCUUCGCAAGCGAUCAGAGACCUCGUUUGGUACUUUCAGCAUUACAGGUGUUUCCACUGAUGGUAAGCUGCUCGACGCAACACCACCAAAGCGCAAGAUUGAGAUCAUCGGAGACUCUAUCUCUGUGGGUUACGGUCUCGACGGCGUCCUUCCCUGCGUGGACACUGCCGCUCUUCAAAAUAACGGCAAGACAUAUGGUGCUGUAGCCGCCCGAGCUUUGAAUGCAGACUACAGCGUUGUAGCAUGGAGUGGAAAGGGUCUUAUUCGUAAUUACGCCUCGUCGCCUCCCGAUACAUCACCACCAAUGCCUACCAUUUACACUCGCUACGGUGGCAACGACAAGGAUAACAGUUUCACGUUUCCCAAAUCAUGGGCGCCCGAUGCUGUGGUCAUCAAUCUCGGCACAAAUGACUUCAGUUAUCUCAACGUACGCGACCCAGUCAACCCAGCAGAUCUCACAAAAGCCCUUGUCAAGUUGGUCAAGAAAGUGCAGUCACACUAUCCCAAGGCGCAAUUCUUCUUUGUGUCUUCGCCUUUGCUCAACGACAACUAUCCUACCGAGAAGGAUGCGCAGAAAAGCACCCAUGUUCGUGUGCUCAAGGAUGCCAUGCAACAGCUGAGUGGUAUCAAGACUCAUUUUGUGGACUGGCCUACUCAAGGUGCAGAAGCAGGUUGUGAUUAUCAUCCUAAUGCUGCUACUCAAGCACAGGGUGGCCAGUUACUGGCAGCCUCAAUUAAGGCAGCUUUGAAGUGGUGA